AUGAGGGCAGUGCAUGGGCAGCACAUGGGGCUCAAGCCAGAACGUGGACCAAUGCUGUUUGCGUUGGUGUGUUCGUCCCUGCUGGCCGGUGGCCCAGCGACACCGACAACUGGUGCCGAAACCCGGGAACUUCAGGAUCCCCUCUCGAGACUGCUUUCAGCUGACAGUCUGAGUGAGAACAGCGGUUCGUUGCCUGUCCUCAUUCAAUUAUCUAAUGGCCAGUGGCACAAAGAGUGCCGCCGUUGGGUUUUUGGACGGAAAUGGGGAAUGAAACCUACCAAGUGCGGCUUCAGGCCCCGCUGCAGCCGCGCCCAUGGAGCCACAUCGAAGCGCGACUUCGGAGUCACCGCGGCCCUUGUCACGGCCAUCGCCACAGCCCUCGCAGCCGCCGCCACCGCGACUGCAGCCCUUGCCACCGCGGUCCCCACCGCUGCUGCUGUCAACCAAUUGUCCGCCUCAGCUGCGGAGGCCCUGCGCACCAAAACCGCCGCAGACAGACACCUUCGUGCGGGACUGUUACUAGUUAACCAAAGAAUGGACAUUUUACAACAGCAAAUAGAUGAUAUGGAAAAAUACCUCUCCCUCGGCUGUUUGACCAGCCUACCCUCUCUGUGUAUUACCCCCGUCCCUUUUGAACCUAAUGGUACCCUGCGUAAUGCUUCCUUGCAACUAUCCCGUUACCUUCUGGGGAGCUGGGAUGCGGAAUUUGAAAACCUCACCCACCAAAUGUUGAAUCAUAUUGUUAGUAUCAAUAGCACUCCAGUACAAGUAAUUACCGCUGGCAAUAUUCUAGGAAAAGUAACUAGUUUGCUCUCCCAUGCCCGCAAUUGGGCCGGCACCGUGGCUUUAAGUAUUAUACUUCUAGUUGCCAUAGUCUUUUGCAUCAAACUUCUCCUUACCCUCCGCCAAAGACAACAACGAGACCGCGUCAUGGUCCAGCAGGCCCUCCUCGCCCUCCAAGCAGGAGGUUCCCCCCAGAUCUGAAUUAGCAUGCUGGACCAGUAGCCAAUGAUGGGUAAGAUCCCCCCCCAUGUAGAUCAACCUAAGACAGAGGACAGGCCACCGCUGCCUGUACCCUCAAUGACGGGUAAGACUAUACUCGGACAGGGGGACAACCUAAGACAGGCAUGGUCACAACUCGCAAUAAAUAAAUAAAAAGGGGGAGAUGUGGAGGGCCCUUAUACAAUGUAUCGAUCAGGCACAAAAACAGGAUGGCGGAGGCGUACUUUAGGAAACCUGCUUGCAGGCUGCGCCCUGGCAACAACCUUGCCGCCCCGUGCCCUUUGCGCUCAUUGGAGAGAUAUCUAAGUCAAGAAACUGACAACAGGAAGUGUCCUAGAGUAUAUAUACAGAGUGCUGGAAACAAGGUUAGGGCUUUUCCAUCCUGCUCUCCCCGGACAAGCUGCUUGCCCC